AUGGAUAGCUUGCCCAAGUUUAGUUUCAUUUCCAGGCUUCUCUUCCUUCUACCAUUAUUCUUUCCAUCUUCUUCGUCGUCGCUCCAUCCGUUGGUCGUCGACUCUGCAAAAUUACAUCGUAACUACACUGCGAUAUCGGAUUUUCGACUCCUCAAUAGAAGAAAAUUGAUCGACUGUCCAAACCUAAACCAGUUCAUCCAAAUUGAAGUCAUCUCAAAUUUCAAGGACCUUUCGAAUGAAGAGUUCAUCAACGUUACCGUUAACGGAGUUUUGAUUCCGUUGGAAGAUCAUUGGGUUGCUAUGAUCACACCCUCGAAUGCAAAUGUUCAUGGCUGUCCAUUGUCGGAAGGUUUUUAUUUACAAACGGGUGAUUUUAGCAGCCUUCCUCUACUUUGCCAUUAUCCUGUCAAGGCAGCAUUUUUAAAGAGCGAUCCAGAUUACAUGGGUUGCAAAAAAAAAGAGUGUAAGAAAAGUGUCGGAGGGAGAUGCCUACUAGAGACGUGUAGUGCCACUCUGUCAUUCCACGUCAUCAACUUCAGAACCGACGUGGAAUUCGCUCUAUUUGGUGGCGGUUUUAUCGCCCCUUGCCUCAUCCUCAAAACAACGCCGCCUCUCAACUUCCAAAAUCCCAAUGCUCCAUUGUACGGACAUCUUUCUAGCACUGAUUCUACUGGAACAUCGAUGAGAGUGAGUUGGGUGAGUGGGGAUAAAGAGCCCCAACAAGUCCAAUAUGGAGAAGAAGGAAGAACACAAACCUCUCAAGUUUCAACAUUUUCACAAAAUGACAUGUGCAAUUCAGCAUCAAUUCAAAGUCCAGCAAGGGACUUUGGUUGGCAUGACCCAGGCUUCAUUCAUUCUGCAGUAAUGACACAACUUCAGCCUUCUACCACCUAUUCAUACCGUUAUGGAAGUGAUUCAGUUGGUUGGAGUGAUCGGAAAACGUUCAAGACGCCGCCGGCCGCCGGAGCGGCGAAGGAGUUUAAUUUCAUUGCUUUUGGUGAUAUGGGAAAAGCUCCUCUGGAUUCUUCUUCUGUUGAGCAUUAUAUUCAGCCAGGAUCGAUCCCAGUGGUGAAAGCAAUGGAAGAGGAAGUAGAAUCUGGAGAAAUAGAUGCAGUGUUUCACAUUGGAGACAUAAGCUAUGCAACUGGAUUCUUAGUUGAAUGGGAUUUCUUCCUUCACCUCAUCAAUCCCAUUGCCUCUCGCGUUCCUUACAUGACUGCCAUUGGAAACCAUGAGAGGGAUUACGAUGAGUCAGGAUCAAUGUAUAAACUACCUGAUUCAGGAGGAGAAUGUGGAGUUCCUUAUGAAACAUAUUUUCAAAUGCCAAUCUCUGCAAAAGAUGAGCCAUGGUAUUCCAUUGAAAUUGCAUCUGUUCACUUCACUCUCAUUUCCACUGAGCAUGAUUUUUCUAUCAACUCACCACAGUAUGAAUGGAUGAAGAAUGACAUGGCCUCUGUUGACAGGUCGAAAACACCAUGGCUUAUUUUCACCGGGCAUAGACCAAUGUACUCUUCGGUGGAUGGAAUUAUUCCUAGUGUUGAUCCAAGAUUCGUUGUAGCGAUAGAACCACUUCUCCUACAAAAUAAGGUAGAUUUGGCCUUAUUUGGGCAUGUGCAUAACUAUGAGAGAACAUGCUCUGUUUUCAACAACAUUUGCAAGGCAAUGCCUUCCAAAGAUAGAAAUGGAAUUGAUACAUAUGAUCAUACCAAUUACUCGGCUCCGGUGCACGUGAUCAUCGGCAUGGCGGGUUUCACCCUCGACAACUUUCCCGUACAUAUAGAGAGCUGGAGUUUGUCUAGGGUUUCCAAGUUUGGUUAUCUAAGAGGACAUGCAACAAAGGAGGAGUUAAAUUUAGAGAUGGUGAAUGCUGUCACUAGAGAAGUAGAGGAUAGGUUCAACAUAAUAAAAGCUCAAAUUCCAUAGGCAAACAUAUGAGUUACGUAUUAGUGUUAUAAAAUAAAAUGGUGACGCUAUACUUUAGAGAUGGUGCAGCGGCAAAGACGUGGAGCUCUGUAUCCACUAAUGUAAGUCUAGUUGAGUGGUGUUACAAAGUCAUUAAUUAAUGGUUAAGUAGGCAGACUCUUAACCGAGUAAAUUAAGCAAGAAUACAAACACAUGUUGAUGUACAUUUUAUUUGAUGUACAUUUUAGAUUA